UGGUGAUGCAGAUGUAAUGGAGUCAGUAUCAGUGACUGAGGGAGAUUCUGUCACUCUAAACACUGAUGUUACUAAAGUACAGAGAGAUGAUCAGAUACUGUGGAUGUUUGGACCUAAAGAAACUCGUAUAGCUGAAAUCUAUAAGCAUAGCAUUGAUAUGUUUAGCAGUAAUGGGACAUUUGGAGACAGACUGCAGUUGGACUCUUUCACUGGAUCUCUGACCAUCAGAAACAUCAGAAGCACAGACUCUGGACUUUAUAAACGACAGAUCCGGAGCGACAGAGGGAACUCGGACAAGACAUUCAAUGUUACUGUCUAUGCUCGUCUGCCUGUUCCUGUCAUCACUAGUAACUCUUCAAACUGUUCUUCAUCAUCAUCAUCCAUUCUGCCUGUUCCUGUCAUUAUCAGAGACUCUUCACACAAUUUGUCAUCAUCAUCAGGAUCUUCAGUGUCCAGAUGUUCACUGCUGUGUUCAGUGUUGAAUGUGAGUGAUGUGACUCUCUCCUGGUACAAAGGAAACAGUUUAUUGUCCAGCAUCAGUGUGUCUGAUCUCAGCAUCAGUCUCUCUCUACCUCUGGAGGUGGAAUAUCAGGAGAAAAACACCUACAGCUGUGUGCUCAACAAUCCUAUCAGUAACCAGACCAAACAUCUGGACAUCACUCAACUCUGUCACACACGUCCAGGUAGCGCUCAUCUGUGA